GCAAAACAACAGACAGCACCACCACCGCCAACCCUCCACUCUCCCUCCUGCUCUUCCCACGCUGCGCAGAGCUGCGACGGCGCGAAAUCACCUCCACCAUGCAGUCCAUCCGCCAACCUCUCACGCGCGCCCUGCGAAAUGCCCCGGCCGGCCUGACCAAAUCCGUUGCGCCUGCCAGCUACGCUACCAUCUCCGCGCAAGAUGCUCCUGGCCAGCCUUCGGGCUAUGCAAAGACCGGCCUGAACCUGCGCAUCACCAAGGACACCAAGGUGCUGUUCCAGGGCUUCACCGGCAAGCAAGGAACCUUUCACGCCCAGCAAGCGAUCGAGUAUGGCACAAAUGUGGUCGGAGGUACAAACCCAAAGAAGGCUGGCAGCACACAUCUCGACCGCCCUGUGUUCGCGACAGUAGAAGAUGCACGGAAACAGACGGGCGCUGACGCCAGUGUCAUCUUCGUUCCACCUCCGCUUGCUGCUGCUGGUAUCGAGGAGGCACUCAAGGCGGAGAUUCCUCUCGCCGUGUGUAUCACCGAGGGUAUCCCACAGCACGACAUGGUCCGAAUUACAGAUAUGUUGAAGACUCAGGACAAGACGAGGCUGGUCGGCCCCAACUGUCCUGGUAUCAUUGCUCCGGGCCAAUGCAAAAUGGGCAUCAUGCCCGGCUUCAUCCACAAGCGUGGCCGUAUCGGUAUCGUCUCUCGUUCUGGAACCCUCACCUACGAAGCCGUCAACCAAACCACGCAAGCUGGCCUCGGACAAUCGCUCGUCAUCGGUAUCGGUGGUGACCCAUUCUCCGGCACCAACUUCAUCGACUGCCUGCGCGUCUUCCUCGCCGAUGAGGAUACCGAUGGAAUCAUCAUGAUUGGCGAGAUUGGUGGUAGCGCGGAGGAGGAUGCGGCAGAAUUCUUGAAGGAGUACAACACUGGCGGUAAGGAUGGUCGAGGCAAGCCAGUUGUGUCGUUCAUUGCUGGUAUCUCUGCUCCUCCGGGGAGACGUAUGGGACAUGCUGGUGCGAUUGUUUCUGGAGGCAAGGGUGGUGCGGAUAGCAAGAUUUCUGCGUUGGAGGGCGCUGGUGUGACUGUGGAGAAGAGCCCGGCGAGCUUGGGCAAGACAUUGAGGGAUCAGUUCAUCCAGAGGGAUCUCUUGUAGGGGGUGAGAUGGACGUGGAGCAUCGGAUAUACCUCGUUUCCUACUGGUUCGGUUUGACGGCCGGGGAAGGCGCUCUUGUAUAGCUUUUCCUGUGGUGCGUGUCUGUAUCUGUCUAUGUAGAAGCAUGUGUUGCAUGGCGUUUUUCACUCCAGCCGUUUGCGGCGUAGGCAAGUCCAACGACGAGUAUUCCAAAGAUCCGGCUGUACCGCCCGGCAACCAGAUUGUACUUUUGGUAGCCCGUCAAGCAUUAAAUUCGCG